AUGUCGAGACAAGAUGAUCCUGAUUCUGCAGCUGCUGCUCGCUCUGAGUCUGAGAGCAGAUGGAUAUGACUGGUACCAAGUUUUAAAUUGUGCCUUCAGUUCGUCAGAUCUCUCAGAUCUGGAAUUCAUCGACACGUUUUAUUUCAAUAAGGAUCCAGUGAUCCGGUUUAACAGCACGGUGGGGAGGUUUGUAGGGUUCACCGAGUUCGGAGUGCACAAUGCAGAGCGCUGGAAUAAAGGACCUUUUCUACAGCAGGAGAGAGCUGAGCUGGACAGAUACUGCAAACCUAACGUAAAAUUAGACAUCACUCAUAUCCUGGAGAAAACAGUCAAGCCGAAGAUCCGUCUCACAUCAGAAAAGCAGGCCAGUCAGGGUCACCCAGCCCUGCUGAUGUGCAGCGCGUAUGGCUUCUACCCCCCAGCCAUCGACAUGUACUGGCUGAGAGACGGUGAAAAGGUGACCUCUGAUGUGGUGUCCACUGAGGAGAUGGCUGAUGGAAACUGGUACUACCAGAUCCACUCCCACCUGGAGUACACGCCCACAUCUGGAGAGAAGAUCUCCUGUGUGGUGGAGCACGCCAGCUCUAAGAAGCCCAUCAUUGUUGACUGGGGAGGUUCUUUUCCUGAUUCUGACCGGGACAAGAUUUUUAUCGGAGCUUCAGGGUUCGUGUUGGGGAUCAUCCUGUCCACUGCUGGAUUCCUCUACUACAAGAAGAAAUCUCCAGAGUUCCUGUGAAGUUCACUGCUGGUUCUUCUGAUGAUGUAGAGGAGUCGUCUUUAAUGUCAGGUGGUGAAGCACUGAAGUCUGUAAUACAGCUUUAAUUACCUGCGUUGUGUUUACAGAAUUAAUGUUAGACGUCUUUCAUUUUCAAGAAUUUGUUACAAAACUAAACAUCAAUGUUUGCUUAAGCAUGAGCCGAUAUUUUGCUUUGCGGACGUCUUUGUUAUGUUAAUAAUGAGAGAAACAUGUUUUGGUUUCUGGACAGGUUUUGGUAAAAAGAACCCAUUUUAAAGCACAUAUUGAAGUUCUGGUCACACUUUAUUUGGAUGGUCCCCUAUAGAGGCUCAACAGCUACUUAAUGAUUUAACAAACUUUCUGGUGAUGUUGAGGUUUGGGCUAGAAGUAGAUGUUUUUACCCUGAGCUUGAGGUCAGGUUAAGGGAUAGAUUUAAUAAAUUAUUUCACACUGAACUUGAAGCUCAUUUGAAUUGAACUGAUAUUUAGUUGAAUGUUACUUAAAAGGACGACUGAAUAUUUACAAAACACCUACAGUGGACCAUCCAAAUAAGAUGUUACCGAAGUUUUAAAUACUCCAUUGGGGUAUUAAACAAAACUAGACCAAAGUACAAUGAAACAAAGAAGUGUUUGAACUAGAUCCAUGUGCUUUCAGACAUUGGUCCCUCUCUGACUUUGCUAUGGGAAAUAAUGCCUUUUUAAAUAAAUGUAGUAUCUAUAAUUUGAUAUUUUGGACUAUACCAAGAGAAACAGAAAAGGUAUAAAAGGUUCAUUGUGGGUUAUCCAGGAUACCUCUUCAAAAAUAACAGUACAGGGUGAUUCACUUGAAAGAGGCCCUGAAUAUUCUGCAAUAACUCUCACUAGGAUGAAUUAAUCUGAGUGCAACAACCUGCAAUGAGCUCCUCAGUAUAUGGAGCUUCAAACAGGCUGGGAUACCCCUGCAUCGGAGUGAUGACGUAGGCGUCGGGCAGCCAUCGCGAUGUUGACCCCUCUAACGCUUGCUGAUUGGUUCAGGAACAUGGAGCGUUGCAUCUAAAUGUGUCUGCCAGAAAACUGAGGUCACUUGCAGCAUCACAGGUGAUGCAAUCGAUUACACACACGUCAAGCUGUGUAGUAUAUUUGUUUUGGUUCAGAUUUCUUCAUCCUAUCAGGAGUUACAGCAGAAUAUCCGGGGCCUCUUUCAAGUGAAUCUCCCUGUAUAAAGUCCUUGUGGACUGGUGUAUUAGCAGUCCAUAGCAUUUCAGUAGUAGGUUAAGCUUUAUCAUCACUGCAGCUGGCUUUCCAGUUUCUGUUGUGAUCAGUAUGUGUAACAUUAUUAAAUUAGAUGUUGAAUUGCCUGUUGACUUUAUUAAAAGCAGUAAAAUACACACAUUUCUUAGUGUUUCUUUUACGUCAAUUACACUGAUUAUAUGAUUGAGUUGAUGGAAGCAAACAUUUUAUUAAUGUAAAUUUCAGAGUCACAAUUAUGGAUUUGUAAACAACUUGUUUACCAGUUUAUCUGAUCACACAGGCAGAUACAUGAUCAGUAUUCUCCUCAAGAACCUGACACUUGUUUGGUAACCUGCCCAAAGCAAACAGCAGAUUAUUAUAUUAGUUUCUGUUCUUGGUCUCAAUCAAAGAAAGACUGGUGCUAAACUGCUCGGUCCUAAAGCUGGAACAAACCAGCAACACUUGAUUUGACUCAUUAAACUAGUAUUUGAUUUAAAAAUACUGACUUAAACUAAGCAGUCUUGCACCCACGGGUGUGGGUGAGCAGUGAGGCCUCAGCAGGAUUACUGUGCCUCUUGGAUAUGAGAUCUUAGUUGAUGUUGCCUGAUGUGGCCUCCAGAUAUUGUUAUAAGUUACUGUUUAAAAUGGAUCUGGUGGAAACCUCAACAUUAAGCCUUUAGUAAUAUUUUGUACAGUCUACACAUCUUUUUGUUAGUUUUUUCUUUUGCUCCAAGGUGGAGCUCAAAAUAUGGCUUAAAUGCUGCUGCCAUGUGUCCAAAACCACUGGUUGAAUGCAAUUUACUCUCAAAAUGUCCUCAAGUCUUCUUGGCAUGGAUUCCACAAGAUCCUGGUCCAUGUUGACCUGAUUGCGUCAUGAAAUUCCUGAAGUUCCAACUGUUUUGAGUGUGUUGCAGCUUUGAAAUUCAGAAUUAGUUUACGUUUACAAAAGUUAUUAAAACAUACGAAAUAUUAAAAACCAUUUCUUUGUUCUUUUGUCAGUUAAAUAAAGGUUUGAGAGAAUCAACAAA